AUGCCUCGUCCGGGGAGAAACACGUACAGCGACCAGAAGCCACCUUACUCCUACAUCUCCCUCACCGCCAUGGCGAUCCAGAGCUGCCCGGAGAAGAUGCUGCCUCUCAGUGAAAUUUACAAGUUCAUCAUGGAUAGAUUCCCUUAUUAUAGAGAAAACACCCAGCGGUGGCAGAACUCUUUGCGACACAACCUGUCCUUCAACGACUGUUUUAUUAAAAUCCCCCGGCGCCCGGAUCAGCCAGGUAAGGGCAGUUUCUGGGCUCUGCACCCCAGCUGCGGGGACAUGUUUGAGAACGGAAGUUUCUUGAGACGCCGCAAGAGGUUUAAAGUGUUGACCUCGUCUGAUCACUUGGCUCCGAGCAAACAGUCGGAUGCUGCCCAUUACCUCCAGCAGCAAGCCAAGCUGAGGCUGAGCGCCCUGGCGGCCACUGGCACGCACCUUCCCCAGAUGUCAACCUACAACCUCGGAGUGUCCCAGUCGUCAACUUUUAAGCACCCGUUUGCCAUCGAGAACAUCAUCGCCAGAGAGUACAAGGUCCCCGGGAGUCUGGCGUUCUCCACCAUGCAGUCCAUGUCCGCCGGGUACCCGCUCCACAACCAGCUGACGACAGCCUGGCCCCACAUGUACAACACCAGCGUGAUUGACACGGCGGCCCCAAUCUCCAUGGCGAGCAGCGACUACAGUGCCUAUGGCAUGCCCAUCAAGUCCCUGUGUCACGGGGGACAGUCCUUACCGGCCAUUCCUGUGCCAAUCAAGCCCACCCCGACCUCCAUGCCCGGUUUCUCGGCGUUACCUCCACACAUCCCCGCGUUUCUAUCAAACUCUCCGCAGUCUCUGAGCCCGACGUCCCCACAGACAGCGACGAGCCAAAGCAGCCCGGCGACCCCGAGCGAGACUCUGACGAGCCCCUCCACACUGCAGUCUGUGGCUGUGCACUGA